AGGUUGCUUCUUGUUCUGCUGGACUCCAUUCUUUGUGGUCCAUACGAUGCGAGCCGUGUGUCUGACAUGCAGCAUCCAUCCUGGUCUAAUGAGCACUGUCACCUGGUUGGGCUACGUCAACAGUGCUCUCAACCCCAUAAUUUACACCAUGUUCAACACAGAGUUCAAGAAAUUCUUCAAGAAAUGCUUCCGCAGCUGCUGCUGACAACAGAUUUCCCACCACAGACUCUGCAGUGAGCUGAAGGCGGAAUGACGAGACUGGGAAUGGGUUUUGGAAGGAUUUACAGGAUUUACAGCAUAUGACUUCUGCUGGAAAGUCAGAGGUUUUCAGUUUAACCAUUUACUUAUGGUUGAUAGUGGCUUGCUGACAACUUAUUAAGAUUGUUUCUAAGUUGCAAAUACUGAUCUUAUAAAUUCCAUAUCUGGGUCUGUUUUCUCCGUUGAUGAUGUGAUUUUGUGAUCCCCACGGAUUACGGCCUAGAAAAAACUAACAGUGCAUUUGUGGAAAGCUACAGAAAACAGAUGAACACAGCCUCCCUUAUUGAAAACAGAGAUUUCACUUUGUCUACAUGGCACUUUUUUUGGAAUAUACUGUCCAUCAGCCUUGGCUGGCUGGGGUUACUGUGAGCCAGUUCCACAGAAGGACAUGAGCAUCUCAAAACAUCUCCAACUAUACGGAAAGACUGAGUAAGCUUCAACAGAGCAGAAUGACAAGCAGCUAAAAGCAGCUUCAAGAGCAAAAAACUUGUCUAAAAUCAGCCACUCAUGCCCACUGUUAUGAAUAAGCAUAAAUCAACAGUUUGGCAUGAUGUGUUUCUUGCAGACAGAUAAAGAAGAUAAACACUGGUCUCAUGUUUGUGUGGUAAAUAUGAAGCUACAGCCAGCAGCUGCCUAGCUUAACUUAGCUCAGAGUAGCUUAGCUUAGCUCAGUAUAGCUUAGCUUAGGCUAAAGGCUGGAAAGAAUAGAAACAUUAAAAACAUUGUACAGCUCUGAAUUAUCGUCAUCUCGGCCACAUAGUAGCAAUUUUCAGUCAUUAGAAGCAGAAUUAGUAAUCAGUGCUCGCUUAUGAGUUACCCACUGAAUAAAGACUUUUACAGUAUUAGAUGUGAUUAGCGGCACAGCAAGAUGCACUAUGUAGGGUUACAAGUCCUACUUUGACUCUGCUCAGAAGACUGUAUUGCCUCCUUUACAUUACCAGUCUAGAAUCUAGUGUGCGACCUUUUCCAGCCUUUAUGCUGAUCAUAGCUGAGCUAAACAACCUCUGGCUAUAGUGUGAGUGUGUUUGACUGAGUGGAAGGAUAUAAUGAUGUUGUGUUUAUUCUAUCUUCAGGUAAGAAACCAUUCAAGUGUUUCCAUACAUAACAGACUGAAUAAAUUUUUUGAUAUAAUGAAAAGUUCACAUCAGUUCAAUUUAGACUGCUUCUAGAUCAGGCAUGGCUAAUCUGUAAAACUGUGCAUCAGAUCUUGUCGUGUGAAUUGUCAGGUACAGUUAAGCAUUGUAACUGCCUAACUGAUUUUAGCUGAAAAUGGAAAAAUGUUUUUCCUUCAGAGAAAGAGGAUUUUGGAACGAGACCCAAAGUGUGAAAGAUAACAAUAUUUAGUCAUGAACUGCUGACAUCUAAUGAGCUGGUGUGAACCUCUUCAAUGGUAUACAACACUGAAUAUAGCACAGUCGAAACUAGCUUACUUUAACUGCUUUAAAGUAAUUUUAAGAUAUGUAUUAAUGAAAUGAUUCAUAUAAUAUUAGUAGCUUUAUGCCUUAAAUUCAAAGGAUGUUCUUGUCCAUCAUGAUAGAAUUGAUCCAUCUAAAACACAUGCAAAAAAAUGUAAGCUGUCGUGGAAAUAAUGAGUAAUUUAUUCCUUUCUCUGCUUCAGCGCUGAAGGAACUGCACGUCUACAUAAAGUUUUGUUAUAUAUACUAUAUUUGCUCAACUUCUCAUUAUUACAGGAAAUGAGUGGUAUUAAUAAUUCUUUUUAAAUUGCUAAAUAACAGCAGCUUAUGAUACUUAAGAUACCACAUGUUCCUUCUGCAAACAUUAUUUUCUACAUUUUCUUUCACAUAUAGACACAUAAUAUGUAGUAUGAUUGUAAUGCAUGUUGUAAGGGGAAGAAAAUUACAAUAGUUUUCUGAUACUGUAAGAAGACAUUCUUGUUGGUUUAGUUCAAAGCAUAAUAUAAUGAAAAUGUGUGCCAUUUUAACGAGCAUUUGUUGUUAAUGUAAGAAACCAUGCUAAUAUUGUUAUUGUUCCUAGAGCAAUAUUACAGGAAUAUAAGAUAAAACAACUAUUGCUGUCUCACAAGAUUCCAGUUAAAGCACAUUAUUGCUGAAUAAUACCGAAAAAUCUUAAAAACAGCUGUAGACGUUGCAAUUUUAUUUGGUCAUUGGUGUAUUUCCAGUGUGCUUGAUGCUGAAUGAAAGCUCACAGAAAGUUUUUCCACGUUUUGUGAGUGGUAUCAUUACCACUCUGUGUUUUGUUACUGACUGUGCCUACUGUAUGCCACAUCCACACUUUAAGUGGGAAAGUUUCUAAUAAAAUGUUUCAUCUUUCUAAAAGCUCAGUCUUUAGUGGCCUUCAUCUGAAAUCUAAUCAGCUCGGUUUGAGGUUGGCGUGGUGGGUGUAUGGCAUCGUUGGAUGUGCCAGAACACGUCGUUCCAGGCACACAGACCACAUCCCAGAUGUGGUUUUAGCUCAUUCUCAUGGAGAGAGAAGGGACUGAGUACUGCAUGUUAGUGUCAUUUGUAAAAAUCAAAAUUUUUGAUAAAGGUGGAGUUCAGAAAUAAGCUGUGUCCUUUUUACUCGAGUAAAUCAUUUUGCGUCUUUCUUAAGCUGAGCAUACGAUUAU